AUGGGAGUUCUGAGAGUACUGCUAGGGGUGCUGGGCUUCCUAGGGGUACUCCCGGGGGGUUCUCUUACCCUCCGUUGGGAAAGCACCUUCUGCCACUUGGCCAGGCCCACCCCCGGCAGACCUCUGGGUUCCUUGAGCUUUCUGAGCAAGGAUGCCCAGGGGUUGGCCCUGUUCGAAGCCCAGUGGGAUGACUACGGAAGACUGCAGGUAUGUAACCGGCUGGGUGAACCAGAACUCAUCACCACCUUCAAGACCCUCUGUGUUCAUGAGCCUGCCCGAGGAUCCUUCAUCCACACCCCUGGACCUGAGGUACAGAAAGCCCUGGCUACCCUUGAGAGCCAGUGGGAGGCCUGCAGAAGACUCCAGGGAAGCCCCACAGGGCUUAGGGAGAAGCGGGCAGCAGAGAAGAAGGGAACAUUUGGCAAAGGGCACCUGCGAAGGAAGAGAGGCUGGACAGUACCUGGCACGCUGUGGUGUGGAGUUGGGGACUCGGCCACCAACACCUCGCAGCUGGGGAUUUUCCGGGGUCCAGACUUCUGCUGCCGUGAACAUGACCGCUGCCCACAUACCAUCUCACCCCUGCAGUACAACUAUGGCAUCCGGAACUUCCGCUUCCAUACUAUCUCCCACUGCGACUGUGAUGCCAGGUUCCAGCAAUGCCUGAGGAACCACAGCGACUCCAUCUCGGACAUCGUGGGCGUGGCCUUCUUCAAUGUGCUGGAGAUUCCCUGCUUUGUGCUGAAGGAGCAGGAGGCAUGCGUGGCGUGGUACUGGUGGGGUGGGUGUAAGACCUAUGGCUUCGUGCCCCUUGCCCACCUCCAGCCUAGGACUCGCUAUAAUGCCUCCUGGAACUCCCCAGACACUUCGUUGACCCCCAGUCCCCAGAGCCCAGCCCCCAGCAAACAGAGAAGGGACCAACGUCCUUGGAAAAGGCGAACACAGCACACAAGGUCUGGGCAGCCCAGCCCAGCCAACACCACAGUUCUUCAAGUCCCUGUGGACUCCAGGAGUAACAUGACCGUCACGGUCCAGCUGGGGGACUCCCAUCCCGGCCAAAAACCCAGAAAUGCCCACCAGGCUUGCCGCAGCUUCCGGUACCUGGACCGCUGUAAGCAUCAGAUUGGACCCCAGGAAACCAAGUUUCAGCUGCUCAACAGUGCCCGGAGUCCCCUCUUCUCCUGCAAUUGCACACGCCGCGUGGCACGCUUCCUGAGGCUGCACAGCCCACCUGCAAGCACCAACAUGCUUUGGGAACUUUUGGGCACCACCUGCUUCCAGCUGGCCCUUCCAGUGGACUGUGCAGAGGUCAAAGGCUGUUCCAGAGUCCUUAAGGCCAUCAAAGUGACAGCUCGGCACUUACAGCAACUUCAGCAGAGACGACUCCAGCUCCACUCUAAAAGCCCAGACAAAGGGCAGAUGUGGCUUUCAGAGCCCCUAGGGACCCCCAUGUCAUUUUAUAACAAAUGUCUCCAGCUAACUGAGGCAGCCCAAGGCAGCCAAGGAGAGCAAUGA